CAAUGAGCGCGUGAAGUUACCUGCCCGGCAGCGGCGGGGCCGAGAGCGCUGGGGCCCAGCGGACCAGGCAGGCUGCGCGCUCGGCGUGGACGGGUGCGCGCCGCGGCUUCGGGAGGAGAGUUGAGCGCUUUUCCACCCUCUAUUUUUUUUCCUCUCUUUUUUCUUUUUCUUUUUUUUUUUUCUCUCUUCUUAAACAAACCACAAACGGAUGUGAGGGAAGGAAGGUGUUUCUUUUACUCCUGAGCCCAGACGCCUCUCUCUGUUCCGUCUAAGCUUGUUUUUUGCUGAGCACUUUUUUUUUUUUUUUUUCAAAAAGGAAAAGAAAAGGAGUUGCUUGAUGUGAGAGUGAAAUGGACGUAAGAUUUUAUCCACCUCCAGCCCAGCCCGCUGCUGCUCCCGCCGCUCCCUGUCUGGGACCUUCUCCCUGCCUGGACCCCUACUAUUGCAACAAGUUUGACGGUGAGAACAUGUAUAUGAGCAUGACAGAGCCGAGCCAGGACUAUGUGCCAGCCAGCCAGUCCUACCCUGGUCCAAGUCUGGAAAGUGAAGACUUUAACAUUCCACCCAUCACACCUCCUUCCCUCCCUGACCACUCUCUGGUGCACCUGAAUGAGGUCGAGUCUGGGUACCACUCUCUGUGUCACCCCAUGAACCACAAUGGCCUGCUCCCAUUCCAUCCACAAAACAUGGACCUGCCAGAGAUCACCGUGUCCAACAUGCUGAGCCAGGAUGGCACACUGCUCUCCAACUCCAUCUCUGUGAUGCAAGAUAUCGGGACUACCGAAGGAGCUCAGUAUGGCUCCCAUCCUCAAAUGGCAGCCAUGAGGCCGAGAGGCCAGCCCCCAGACAUCCGACAGCAGGCAAGCAUGAUGCAGCACGGUCAGCUGACCACCAUCAACCAGUCCCAGCUGAGUGCACAGUUGGGUUUGAACAUGGGAGGCAGCAACGUUCCCCACAACUCCCCUUCUCCCCCUGGGAGCAAGUCAGCAACGCCUUCGCCUUCUAGCUCAGUGCAUGAAGACGAAGGCGAUGACACCUCCAAGAUCAAUGGUGGAGAGAAGCGGCCUGCCUCUGAUAUGGGAAAAAAACCAAAAACUCCCAAAAAAAAGAAGAAGAAGGACCCUAAUGAACCCCAGAAGCCUGUGUCUGCCUAUGCUUUGUUCUUCCGUGACACUCAGGCUGCCAUCAAGGGCCAAAAUCCAAAUGCUACUUUUGGUGAAGUCUCUAAGAUUGUAGCUUCCAUGUGGGAUGGCCUUGGAGAAGAGCAGAAACAGGUCUAUAAGAAGAAAACCGAGGCUGCAAAGAAGGAGUACCUGAAGCAACUAGCAGCAUACAGAGCCAGCCUUGUAUCCAAGAGCUACAGUGAUCCUGUUGAUGUGAAGACAUCUCAGCCACCCCAGCUGGUCAACUCCAAGCCGUCAGUGUUCCAUGGGCCCAGCCAGGCCCACUCAGCUCUGUACCUAAGCUCUCACUAUCAUCAACAACCAGGAAUGAAUCCUCACCUCACCGCCAUACACCCAAGCCUCCCCAGAAACAUAGCACCCAAGCCGAAUAACCAAAUGCCAGUGACUGUCUCCAUAGCCAACAUGGCUGUGUCCCCACCACCACCCCUCCAGAUCAGCCCACCUCUUCACCAGCAUCUCAGCAUGCAGCAGCAUCAGCCGCUUGCCAUGCAGCAGCCGCUUGGGAGCCAGCUUCCCAUGCAGGUCCAGUCUGCCUUACACUCGCCCACCAUGCAGCAAGGAUUUACUCUUCAACCUGACUAUCAGACUAUUAUCAACCCUACAUCUACAGCCGCACAAGUUGUCACCCAAGCGAUGGAGUAUGUGCGUUCUGGGUGCAGAAACCCUCCCCCACAGCCGGUGGACUGGAACAACGACUACUGCAGUAGUGGGGGCAUGCAGAGGGACAAAGCACUGUACCUCACCUGAAAAAUCUCAACAUGUCUCAUUUCCACUGAGGAAUUCAGGGAAGUCUUUUCAUCAUGGAUUGCUUUGUACACUCAAGGCAAUUCUUCAUUUUAUUAGAAAAUACAAGUUGCUAAGCACUUAGGACCAUGUGAGCUUGUGGGUCACCCACUCUGGAAGAAAUAGUCAUGCUUCGUUAUUAUUUUUUUAAUCUUUUAUGGACAUUGUUCCUCUUCCCUGAAGGAAGUAUGGACCGUUCUGAUUUCUGUUGGUUUUGCUGUGAAGUACUGCGCUCUAGUAACUGCCUUAGCAACGGUAGAUGUCUGGGGUAAUGGUCCUGGGUUUUCAUUGGUUUUCAUAAUGGGUGUUUAUAUGAAACUACUAAAGACUUUUUAAAUGGCUUGAUGUAGCAGUCAUAGCAAGUUUGUAAAUAGCAUCUAUGUUACACUCUCCUAGAGUAUAAAAUGUGAAUGUUUUUGUAGCUAAAUUGUAAUUUGAAACUGGCUUACCCCAGUUUGUUUAUUUCACAGAGGGGUUAAAUUGGCAAACAUUCAUAUUUUUACUUCAUUUUUAAAAACAACUGACUAAUAGUUCUAUAUUUUCAAAAUACUUGAAAAAAAUAUUCCCAAAUGAUUUUAAUUUAAAAACAAAUUGGCUUUGUCUUAUUGAUCAGACAAGAAGAACCUAGUGUGGAGGGAGGGAAGCGCAAACACAUUUAUUUUGUAUUGCAAAAAAAAUCCUUUUUUGUAUCACUUUUGUGUAACAGUUAGUAAAUGUCAUCUAUCUAAGUCCUUUUAUGUAUAAAGCUGCCAAAUGCUCACCCGGUAUCUUAGCUGCAGAACCAGGUUGGAAAGCGCUAAACGAUCAUCUUUAUGGCUCUGUAUUAUUGUUUCCUCAUACCGUGUCUGUAUUUAAUCUUUUUUUUUUAUGGAACUUGUUGCGCCUAUUUAUGAAAUAAUAAAUAUAGGUGUUUGUAAGUAAAUUUGUUAGUAUUUGAAAGAGGUUUCAUUGCUGUUUUAAUUUUUGCUGGCAAAAAAAAACCAUGCUUGGUGUGAAUACUUAUUAUUUAGUUCUUACGGUGACAUGAAUAAAACCAAAUCUGCUUUUCAUUUAGUAGCAAAUUAGAGUAAUGAAUCCGUACUUCUGCAUAUCUUUUGUUGACAUAAAUGAAAUACAAUUUUACUUAGCAACCUUCUUUCCUUGCACAAUUCAUCAGAAAAACGCCCCAGAAGUCUCACACACUCCAUGCCUAAACAAAUACCAGUGCACCCUCUUGCUAAAAUGAGCUGUUUCUCACUUCUCAAUUCCAAAACAUGCUCUCCCCAUUAAAAAAAAAAUUCAAAUUGAGUCACCAAAAAUUCCUCAAGCCACAUGCUUCUCUCAUGGCAUCCAGAGAACAAUUUAAGAAUUGACCAAGGGCUCAGGAAGAGAUCAAAAGAAGGCAUAGUCUUUAGAAUCAACCUGGAAAUGAAAGGUGAGUAAGCAGACAGCCAAAGAAAUCGGAAAAGCAGCCAGAACUGGAAGCAUUUGCUAGAAGUUGAGAUUCCUGCUAUCUCUCAGGCCCUCCACUCCCUUCCUUUCCACACACCCUAGGUCCCUCCUGAGAUUUGCUAAGAGAGGGGUCUGCAUAGCUUUAACAACAAAAGGGCGGGUGAACAAAUGUCUCCCUUCCAGGGGGAUUGUAUCACGUAAAUCAAUCUGGUUGGAAAUCAAGGGAAUAGCUGUUUCGUGGAAUGUAUGAAAUAACUUCAGCAAUUUAAAUACAAAUGCAUUAUGUAAUCCAGUCAGAAUUAAAAAGACAAAAAGCUUGCUUGCUUUGGAAUGAUUUUCAAGCAUUGUACAACACUGAAUCACUCAGCAUGUAAUAACUAAUAAAUAAUGCAGAUCCAAUGUUAUCAUUAAAAUGACUGGGGCUGAGAGCUCGAA